GCCCCACAAGCCUUUGCAAAGAAGAAAGAACUUGACGGUGAUAAGAUGGAGCAUUAGGGAGAGACGGCGGGCUGGGGGGCAAAAGGAAACGGAUCGGAAUAAUUUAUAGUGCGAAAGCGACGUAUCUCGGUGGCUUCUAUAUGUUUGCGCUUCGUCUGUCUUUGUGUUGAGAGAAACUAAGACCGAGGAUGGCCAGCGCCAGUGGUUCGAAAGCGGAAUUUAUCGUCGGUGGAAAAUACAAACUGGUCCGGAAGAUCGGCAGUGGCUCGUUUGGGGAUAUCUACCUGGCGAUCAACAUCACCAACGGCGAGGAGGUGGCCGUGAAAUUGGAAUCACAGAAAGCGAGGCAUCCGCAGCUUCUCUACGAGAGUAAACUGUACAAGAUUUUGCAGGGAGGAGUCGGUAUCCCGCACAUCCGGUGGUAUGGACAAGAAAAGGAUUAUAAUGUCCUAGUCAUGGACUUGCUUGGACCUAGCCUUGAAGAUCUUUUUAACUUCUGUUCACGCAGAUUCACGAUGAAAACUGUUCUGAUGUUAGCUGAUCAGAUGAUCAGCAGAAUUGAGUAUGUGCAUACAAAGAAUUUUAUUCACAGAGAUAUCAAACCGGACAAUUUUCUAAUGGGUAUUGGACGUCAUUGUAAUAAGUGUUUAGAAUCUCCAGUGGGGAAGAGGAAAAGAAGCAUGACUGUUAGCCCUUCUCACGACCCAGCUUUCUCAGGAUUAAAUCAGCUGUUUCUGAUUGACUUUGGUUUGGCCAAAAAAUACCGUGACAAUCGGACAAGGCAACAUAUACCAUACAGAGAAGACAAAAAUCUUACAGGGACAGCCCGUUAUGCCAGCAUCAAUGCACAUCUAGGUAUCGAACAGAGUCGUCGUGAUGAUAUGGAAUCACUAGGCUAUGUACUGAUGUACUUCAACAGGACAAGCCUUCCUUGGCAAGGACUGAAGGCAGCCACGAAGAAACAGAAAUACGAAAAGAUUAGUGAGAAGAAGAUGUCCACGCCAGUUGAGGUUUUGUGUAAGGGAUUCCCUGCUGAGUUUGCAAUGUAUCUGAACUACUGUCGUGGAUUACGUUUUGAAGAAGCACCAGAUUACAUGUAUCUCCGACAGUUAUUCCGCAUUCUCUUCAGAACCUUAAAUCAUCAGUAUGACUAUACAUUUGACUGGACAAUGUUGAAGCAAAAAGCAGCACAACAAGCAGCUUCUUCUAGUGGCCAAGGGCAACAGGCUCAAACACCCACAGGCAAGCAAACUGAAAAAUCCAAAAGCAACAUGAAAGGUUUCUGAUCUCGAGGUUGAAGCAAAGGAGCAAAGCAGCAUGUGAGAGCAGGUUGCCUUUUGUCACUCCCCUUCUGGUUUUUGUUUCACAUGUACAAGCCGUUCAGUGGACAACCUUUAAACUGGUGAAUUAAACUCUACUGGAUACAGCUGACUCUGGGAAGAGCAUAUUAAAAAAACUGUACCUGCAACUGUAGCAGCCUUUAAUCAAACUAAUUCCUGGAAAAGCGCAGUUUCAUCUUUCAAAAUAGAGCAACUGAAGCAGACUUGCUGGUGUACAGUUUUCUUUAUUCAAUAAAUGGGAUGUAAGAAUGUGGUUGACACAGUGGAGAGAAAAUUAACGUUGUGAAUUUGCCAAUCUUUCCUUCAUUUUUUUGUUUCUGCACUGCUUGGAAGUUAAAUGAUGUCUCAUAGUGGCACAUGGAAGUUGCUCCUUAAGCAGUCUCUGAAUUUUGCCCCAAGCGUUUACUUGAAAGGUGCACUGCAUUCACCUAUCUUCUCCCUUGUAAUGUGUUCCAAAUCUCUUGUUACCAACUAGAAAAAUGGUAAAUCUCUUAAAGCUGGGAUUUCUCUAUUAAAUCACCUGCAGCCAGUAGUAAAUCAAUAGCAACCAAAGAAUCCAAGUUUCCUGUUGGAAGGACUCUGCCUGCUGUCUUGUGCUAGAGUGGUAUCUUUUGUGAAGAAAUGAUAAAACUAGUGACUACUAGAUAAAACUAGAAUUCCACAUUAAGUAUAUUGUACUUGGUUAAAAGAAAAGCUUAGUCAUCGCAAAGCUUAGCUAACAACUUAAGACUGAAAUUGUGGCUUAGUUAGCAUUGUAAUCACUGUACACAUCUACUCUGACUUGGGGUUUACAGUGUGUUUGAAUAUUGGCUUUUUUGUUUACAUGUUAACUGAAUAAGAAUAUAUGAUUCGUGUAAAAGAAUAGGGUUAUUUUGUAAUGCUCUGCUAAACUUCCCUAUUUGCUUUGUAACUUCUCACCCUUUCACCUUUUUUAAAAGAAACUAAACUUUCAUCAGCCAGUUUAUUUUAAAAUGUUGCAUUUCUUCACAGAUGGCUUUAGAUUUGUAGACAGAUGUACCUUUCUUUUUUAUUAAUACAAUGGAUAUUUUGUAUUUGCAGGGGUAUUAGCUUUGUCUUACUGCAGUGAACCUAUUAUAAAGAGAAUGUGUCCAUGAUGGAGCCUCUGCAGCUACUAAGCAUAUGCCAUUGUAUUCAACAGUGGCUAAAUAUUGAAGUUUCUUUUGAAAUAUUAAAAGUGUGUUGGAGGUUUUUUUUUACUUUUGUCUUGGUAAAAUGAAUGAUAAGUAACAUGUUUUGCAGUCGAGGUGUACAGUGCAGUAAUGGCAACUGUUGCUGGCUGUGAUUCUGGCCCAGCUAAAAUCUUUUAUUGCUAGAAGUACUUUAACAGUGUAAUUUAUUCCUUUUUAGCAUGUAAGAAUAAAUUAAAAACAAUUACUUGUUGAUCACCUGGCCAGUCUUAAUUUUUGACAAUUUAUCAUGCAAGAUAUAUAAGAAAGGUACAAGGUUUGUAUUCCCCAACAAAAUGCGCUAUAAUCCAGUUACCAUAAUUUGAAUUGGUUUGGUUUCUGCCUAUGAAAUAGCACUUUUAUUUGUCAAUAAUCUGUCCAAAUAUUAUUCUUGCAAUAGAUUUGGAAGGAAGAUUAUUGCCUUUGUCCUUCUGUUUUUAAUUCUCUGUUACAGGGAGCAAGCACCCUCAUUUUGAGUUUCCCCUGCUAAAGCACAAUCUACACUGAUUGCUCCUUGCUGGAGACAAAAUUGAUGGUUAUUUUUGAUUCUGCAUACUUCAAAUACAGCUCUAAGUUGUUUAAUCACUAAAAUGUAUAAAAGAAGCUGGAUGAUUAUUUUCCUGGUGAAAUAACGACAAGCUCUUUUUGAAAAAUAAGUCCAAACCAGAACUUCCCCAUUAAAUAAAUUAGUCCUAUCUUUUAUGUUCGUAUGUUCAGAUGUGUAUGCAUAACAAUUGCAAAAGCAUAUUCUCUUGUUUGAGAUUUGUCUAUUCCCAAUCUUGACCAAAGCUUCUGCUUAAUACACCCUAACCUAGAUUAAGAAGUGUAGUAUAAAAUAAUAUUAGCAGUGAUUAGCUUGAUGUGUUUGGCUCCAACUGAACGCUGCAGACAAAGUUAAUUUUGCCCCUUGAGUUUGACUGCAGGUUGAUGUGAUCAGAAAUGCAUGCCUGUUGCUGAAAAUAUUAAUUGUUUUGCCUCUUGAAUCAGACAAACUAUUAUAAAACACUAUGCACACAAAGUUAAAUUUGUGUUGAGGAUACUUUUUAAUACACUUGCCCAUUAUUUCUUUGCUGCUUAAAUUUCCCUAAAUUUUCUAACCAAAAGCUGUGAAAAGUAAAAGAAACCUGUGACGUGCUAUUGGUCACAUGGUGUUAAACACAUGCAAGACUAUCACCAAUUUCCUGUACUAAUUUCUUGAUAAUUGUUUUCAUUAACUUAAUAAUAGACUGGCAGGAGUGAAUUUUACCAGUGGCUGAAAUGUCUACUUGGAAGUAGCUGGUGUCCAAGGAUACAAUUCUCUCUCCAGAGUGAAAGACAUUUUGUCAAUUGAAUAUUUUUUAAAAAGUGCAGAGUCCUAUGCAAAAUAACAUCUAAGAAAAGAUGGCAUGAUUUCUUUUUUUUUUUGCCAGUGCAAUGAAUUGUUAAAGUAUUGAAUAUCUAAUAGUAAUACUGGAAAGUUGCUUUUUUUUUAUCAUAGUCCAUGAAGGACUAAGCUACUGCUUUCUUAUUCAUUUUUCUUUUGUUCUAUUCUAGUUCUUAUUUUUAUCAUUGUUUUUCAGAAUGUGAGAGUUCAAUUAUAUGGAUUUUAUAUCAAAUAUCUGUAUAUAUCGGGAUAUUGUGACAUCCAGUGAUGGGACAGCAAUGUUUGCCAAUCAGCAUGCAAUCUUUGAAGUGUGAUACGGCUGUAUUCCUUCUGUUCCAUCUAUUUGAAAGUUCUGAAAUAAAAUUCAAGUUGUUUUGAAUUAACAUGAAAGAAUUUAAAUCAUAACCUGUACACAUGGUUCAUACGGUGAAUAUUACCUAAUGACCAGCUGAAGAGGAAUUAUACACAUCUAGCUUUGGCAAAACACAAGGCAGACAACAAAAAAUUCUGAGAACAAUGGAUACAAUAUGAACAUAUAAUCAAAGAUGAUAGUGCGUCAUUUUGUGCAAACUGCUGAAUUCCUGCAAUUUUUAGAAAAUGUAUACAGAUUUUGAUUUUCAACCUCUUUUCGAUCUCCACUUUGGCUUUGAAUAGCUUGAGGUUUGUACAGAGAGUGAAAUCUGAAGCUGCAUUAAUGAAUGUGUAUUUGGAUGCAUUUCUUGAACCACAUGCCUACUAAGAUAAUGCAUAGUUGAAAUGUAAUAUAAUGUGUAAAUGUGAAAUUUAAUGCAGUUAAAAUGUUAAUUUGUAUCUAAUGAAAACCUGUGGUGGUUUAUACAUAGAUUUCACUACUUAUAUUUUAAAGUAAUCUAUCAGUUAGAAAUAAAAAUCCACAUUGGAAUUAAACUAGAUUAAAUGUAUUUUCCCCAUGAACCAUAUCUAGUUCUGUCCUUGUAUUUUCAACUUAUCCAAGCAUGACUGCCAGGCGAAACUAAACAUUGCAUCAAAUUCCAAGGAAGUGGCUUAUGAAGUUGUCAGAAGUAGUAAUAGACCUGAGGCUUUAAAGCAUGUUGGGAUCGGCAAAGCGGGUAAGAAAUUCUUUUAUUUUAAACAAAAAGUAAGAUUGUAUCCAGAAAACUACAAAAAUGAACUGCAAGAGCACUUAAAGGAAAGGACUAGUGAAGGCAAAUGUGGAUCUUGCAUGAGCAACUUCAAAAUGGGGAAUAAUAAAAUGGCAAGGGAAUGAACUACUUUGAGUUUGUCUUCACAAAGUGAGGCCCCCCCCAAAAAAAACUGCCAAAAUCUACCAGGGAACCUAGUCUAAUGGGAAUAAGAAUCUGAAGAAAAGUUUAAAAAAAAAUGAGUACGCUAAAACCUGGUCAAUGCCAAUUCCAGAAUUUUGAAACAGCUGACCAUAAAGAUAGGAAAUACUGCAAAUGGUUUCCCCAGAAUUUAAUAGAAUGGCAAAUAUGACCCCACUGUUUACAAGAGAAGGGAGAUAAAUUGGGGAGUUGCUGACUGCAUAACAAAUUUCACAACAUGCCAGUGAUACUAAACCUGAUUCUGGCCUUUGUAAAAGUUGAAGUCAUAGAAUAUUUAUGAAAGAUUGGUUAGAGCAAAACCAGUAAACUUAUGAAGGAAAAAUGUAUUUGACUCAUUUCUGAAGUACUUUGAGAAUGUGGUUGAUUUCCCUACUGUCUAAUCCAUGGAUGUAAUGUGUUUGGAGUUUCAGAAGGCUUGCUUGUGGUCCCACAUAAGCAGCUGAUAAACAAGAUUGAAGCAGUUAGUAAUUAAAAGAUAAUAUAUUGACAUGAAGUGAUUAUUAGACAAAGCUGAAAUGAAUGGAUUCUUUUCAGUUUAGUAGGCUCUAACUAUUGGGGUAUCACAAGGGUUGCAAAUUGUGCCCCAGCUAAUCAUUGACAGAAGAGGCCAAAUGUCACAUUUUCAGGUUUCCUGAUGAUGCAAAACUAGGUGGAAUUAUGUCAUGUAGGAUGUAAGGUGUAGAGGUGUCAAGCAGAUAAGAGACCAGAAUGAUAGGGUCAGAACAUGACAGCUGCAUUGUAAGGUGAGAAAACAGCAAAUUAUCCACUUUUCAACAAAUAUUGAGUGAUUGGGCAAGUUACAUUAAGAUGCUUCAAGGUAACAUGUCAGGAAGUCUUCCCUUAUAAAGGUUAACCAAAAUACUGGUCCUGUUGUUUUACUGCUGCUUUUUCUGACUUUUUUGCUUGAAGAGCAUAGAUAAAUGCAUUUUAUUUUUAAGCCAAAAUAUUUUGAAGGAAUGGCAGUACUGGAUUAAUAAUGUAGAUUAGUGUAAAUACUAUCAUUUUAUAUGACCUCUUGAAAGCUUGUGUAAAUUUAUCACUUUAAAGGAGCCAGGUUUAAUCCAGAAUUAGUGUUUUUUUUUGUUCUGAAAGUGCCAUAACAGCACAUUUUAACGUGAUUGUUUUGUUUGUUAGGUUGAUAAAGUUGAUGAUAAUCCAGUACUCUAAAAUGAAGAAAUCAUACUCUGAAGCAAAAUGCUAAUUGUAGUAUAAACGGUUUUACAAAACAAAAUCCUCCAUGAUUUAAUGAGGUAUUUUCAUAUAUAUUUUCACUUAAGCAGAUCAAAUAUCUGAUAUUCCAGGUGUGAUAGAGCAGCAGUCAUUGAUUCAGAUUCUGGCUUGAAUUGCAGAGUUAGUAUAGUUAAGUCAUGUGGAUGAUUCGGAUAGCUCCAUUAAAGUGGUAAGCAUUUAUUCCUCUAGUAGAAUAGAAAUAACUUGAUGGUAAUUCCAGUGCAUUAUCUGGAAAUAACUGUAAUAUUUUACUUGACUGGCUAUAUUCCCAAGAUGUCAUUAUGGUGUACACAGUAGGAUACCAUCAGGCUUACUAAGUACCCUGCCCCACUCUUCACCACAUUUCCUUAAACCAACUGUCUUUCAUUCUUGUUCAACCCAAUUCUCUUACCAUCCACUUGUGUUAAGGUGGCUUACAGUAGUACAGUAGCUAAUAUGUUUGUAAUAAACAGCUUGUUUUAGAACUAAGUGAUACCUCCAUAGAAUUCUGAACAUUUGUCAUGUAAUUUCCUCUGGUUGUUCUAGUUCCCACCAUGUGCAAAAUCGACCAAGAUGGCACUGGAGACAUGAGUUCUGAGACAGCUGCACCAUUUGCAAUACUACUAUGACACUUCCCCACCCAAACAGGAAUCUUUAUCCUACAUCAGAGUUACUAGCUUCAGUGAGCCAGGAAAUUUAGAAGGGCAAAUGUAGAAAAUUUUACACCCAAGAAUACUUUUUCUCUUGACUGUGCUGGCCAGCUCUUUUAGGCUGAAUUAAGUCUCUUGAUUAACAUAAGGACUUUAUAAGUAAUCCUGAUCUGGAGGCUAGAUGGUACUUUUUCUGUGCUCUGGCCCAUAAUUGUGUAGAGUUUUUUUCUUCUGAUACAUUUGCCAAAGAAAUUGGAUUUGCCCAACAUUUACACCUGGAAUGCAAUGACCCUUGAUCUUAUUUCCAGCAGUUUUAAGAUUCAAAUUCUGCAAAUGAUAAGCUAGAAAACAUUAAGUAGCUCUUCUAGUAUAGAGUAAUCCUGCUGUUAUUUGUUUUGACAAAACUCUACAGAAAUGGGAACAUGGUGAGCUAUUUGUGGCCCAAAUUAACUUGCUAUGUUCCUAAUUCUUGAGGCUAGAGUUUUCUGGCUUCUUUUCUUUAAAGCUUCUUCAUGAUGGAGAUCUGAAGCAGUUUUCAGUUAAUAAGUAUCAGUUGUACAGAACUGGCAUCUCUAUCUUGUGUAAUUUAAUUGGUACUGGUGACCUAAUUGAUGUGUAAAUAAAAUUAUUUAGUUUUGUCAAUCUUUAAAGAAAAAAUGCUUUGUUGGAAAGAUAUGAAUGGGUGGGAUGAGGAGCAGUGGUUGGUGGAAGGGAGUGCAAUGCUUAUCUGGAAAACUUACAGCUUAAAAAAUUUUACAUUAGUUGCUACAUUGUAAGAUGACUUGCAACCUCAUAUGUAAAAUACAAAUGUUAUACAAAAAAGCAAAAAUUUUCUUAAUUUCAAAUAGGCUAUAAUAACCAUCUCUUGACCUUAUGAAAUUUAUUGUCAUUAAAGUGUAGAGCAUUUCAGCUAAUUCUCUAGAUCAGCUGUAUUGCACUUGUUAAUAUCUGAAAUAGUUCACUGUUGAAAAAUGCAUUUGGUUACAGUAUGCCCAUUUGUACUUAUAAAAGUUUGCAAAGUAACUAGUCAUCCUUUGUUAAAGUUGGGCAAUAAGUGAUCUUCCCUUCGGAGGGAGAGAGCCAUCAUUGUUAAAACUAAAAACUGAAAAUAUUUAAAAUAGACAAGACAAUGAGUUUCGUAGCCAUAGAAAUAUGUUUCCAAAAGAUGUUUUCAAGUUCACUUUGUGAGAGUUUAUUUUCCCCUUGUAUCCCUAAUCUUCACUUCUGCAUUACGGAAUCUCUGACAUUUUAUUGAACUCUGUUUAAUUAUACUAUACAAGCUAUUUUCCUUUUUUACCCAAACGUAAUGUGGCUCAAAAUCAUCUUCAAUCCAAAUGGAUCCGUUGACUUUUAUAGAAAUAUGUGGUUCUGCUUGUAUUUUUCCAGAUAUAGGCCCUCUCCAGGUUACACUGGGUUCUAUUCCUGUGAAUUGCUCAUAAUCUGAACAGUUUACAAGUCAGAAAAUGCAGCUGUGAAGAGACUUCCCAUGUACAACAGGUGCUGCAGCCCUGGUGGCCAGCACAUCCAUUCCACUGUCUCCCAAACAUUUGACCGUAUGUAUGGGUUAUGUGAAAGUCAGGUGUACUUAAUCUGGGCAAACCUUUAAAUCAUCAAAUGCUUAUGGUAAAAAGUAUUUUUCCUUCUAUUACUCUAAAUCCUUGCCAUUGGGAGACUCAGGCAGUGACAAAAUUAGGCCUUGAUUCACCACUUCUAGUAUGUGCUGAGCUAUUUCUCUUGGGGUACAGAUGGUACCAAUAUAUCUGAACUGAGAAAGGGUGAAAUCGUCAUAAUCAUUAUUGUUGGAAGCAUAUGCUUUUUAUUCUUUGUCUUUCAAUGUUCUAAUUGGAGGCUUGCAAAGAUGUGUGUAAUUUUCUUAAUCCUUGAAACAUUUAAAAUUUAUGCGUCAAUAUUUAGUCUAGUAUUGCAUUUUUACUGUCAAAGUUAACAAAUCAUUUUGUAUUCCAGUCUUCACUUAUAUUACAGUGUUAUAUUUCCUCAUUAUUUCACUCCAGUAUUUUCCAGUGCACCUUUAGACCACAAAAGCUCUAUUCCUUAAGAAGAGGCUUUAAUUAUGUGUGCAAAUGGACUUCCUUGUUCAGGAUGUCGACCCAACAUUGUCCAAUGGUCAUCCAAAGGUCUGCAAUGUAUAUCAACACUUGCUGCUUUGCUCAAUUGAACCUUCCAUAUCUAGGCUAAAUUUGAAUUUUAUUCAAUUUUGAAGUCUUUGAAAGUGGGAGAUGUUUGAUUUGGGGUGAGAAGAGUUGGUGGAGUACAGAAUUAUUUCAGACCUCAGAGGCACAACUGCCAGUGAUGAGCAAAAGGCUCCAUUUGGAUUAUGUUGAGACACUAUACGGUUGUGGGGGAGGAGGGUAAGUAGUUAAGAUCAUAAAGUGGCUUUGAGGAUUUUAAAAUGGUGUUGUAGGAUCAAGACAGUCAGCAAACAGAGAUACGGUAAUGGUGAAUACAGGAGAAAAGAUCAUAAUCAUCCGAAGGAUAACGUGUCAAACAAAUUAAGGACAGCCACAAAAGGGGCAUUUCAGUAGCCUGACUAGUUGAGUUUUGGGUUUCAGGGGUGAAUAGGAAGGGGUGGAGGCCUGGACAGGUGGGCCAGGCUUUCGGCAUCAAUUACCAAGGUUGGGUCACAUCUGACAAUGGCAAGAGAUGCAAGUGGCCAUAUAAAGCAUGGUAAAAAUUCAGUUCUAUGCUGCAUAUGGCGCCAAGUUUACAAGCACUUUCCCAUGGCUUAGGACAGUAUCUUGGCCUGGAAGGAUGACCAUAGACUGAAUUUAUAGCAAAAAUCAAUGAUGAAAACUGCAGUGUUCCCCAUUUUUGAUUGAAGAAAAGUCUUGCUGGUUUUAGAUUUUACUUAAACUGACAAUUCUAUGACAUCAGUCUGAUCUAAAUGGGUUGAUGAUGAGAGCUGAGUGUAUAUGCUCAACUUGAUUACUCAAAAAACUAAUUUUGCAGAUAUGUAGCAUGUAGAGAGAAAAAAUGUUAAAUGAGGAAGAGUAAAUCUUUGUAGUUAUGUACGGUGUCAAUAAAAAUAUUCACCCACCUUGGAAGUUUUCAUGUUUUAUUGUUUUACCACAUCGAAUCACAGUGGAUUUAAUUCGGAUUUUUUUGACACUGAUCAACAGAAAAAAAGACGUGUCAAAGUGCAAACAGAUUUCUACAAAGUAAUUGAUUGCAUAAGUAUUCACACCCCUCCCCUUAAUAUUACACACCAAAUCAUCACUGGUGCAGUCAAUUGAUUGUCGUAAAAAAGUGCCUGUGUCUGGAAGGUCCAGCUGCUGGUGAGUCAAUAUCCUGGCAAAAACUACACCAUGAAGACAAAGGAACACUCCAAGCAAAUCCGCAAAAAGAUUUUUGAAAAGAAGAAGUCAGAAGAUGGAUACAAGGAAAUUUCCAAGUCACUGAAUAUCCCUUAGAGUACAGUUAGGUCAAUCAUCAAGAAAUGGAAAGAAUGUGGCACAGCUGUAAAUCUGCAAGACAUCCUUAAAAACUGGGUGACUGUGCAAGAAAGGCACUAGUAAGGCAGGCCACCAAGAGACCUAUAACAACUCUGGAGAAAUUACAAGCUUCAGUGGCUGUGAUGGGAGAGAAUACACGUACAACAACUGUUGCUCGGCUGCUUCACCAGUCACAGCUUUAUAUGGGAGAGUGCCAAAGAGAAAGCCACUGUUGAAAACAACUCACAUGAAAUCUCAGCUAGAGUUUGCUAGAUGACAUGUGGGAGACUGAAGUCAGCUGGAAGAAGGUUCGUUGAUCUGAUGAAACCAAAAUUGAACUUUUUGGCUUUUAGGUGUAAGCCAAACACCUCACAUGAUCAAAAACACACCAUCCCUACUGAGAAGUAGUGUGGUGGCUGCAAUAUGUUGUGGGGUUGCUUCAUUGCAGCAGGCCCUGGAAGGCUUGUGAAGAUAGAGUAAAAUGAAUGCAGCAAAUUACAGGGAAAUCCUGGGAGAAAACCUGAUGCAGUCUGCAAGAGAACUGAAGCUUGCGAAAAGAUUUGUUUUCCAGCAAGACAAUGACCCCAAGCAUAAAGCCAGUGCUACAUAGGAAUGGUUUAAAAACAGCAAAGUUAAUGUCUUGGAGUGGCCAAGUCAGGGUCCAGACCACAAUCCAAUUGAGAGUUUGUGGCUGGACUUGGAAAGGGUUGUUCACUCACAAUCCCCAUGCAAUCCGACAGAGUUUGAGCAGUUUUGUAAAGAACAAUUGGGGUUGGGGGUGGAUUGCAGUGUCCAGAUGAGAUGUGUAAAGCUGAUAGAGACCUAUCCACACAGACUCAAGGCUGUAAUUGCUGCCAAGGGUGCAUUUACCAAAUACUGACUUGAAGGGGAUGAAUACUUAAGCAAUUAAUUAUUUUGUGUUGUAUAUUUGUAAUUAAUUUAGAUCACUUUGUAGAGAUCUGUUUUUACUUUGGCAGAAAAGAGGCCUUUUCUAUUGAUCAGUGUCAAAAAAGCCAAAUUAAAUCCACUGUGAUUCAAUUUUGUAAAACAAUAAAACAUGAAAAUUUUGAAAGGGGUGAAUACUUUUGAUAGGCACUGCACAUGAAAUGGAUAAUGUAAUGGUGCAACAGUUAGAACUGCAUCUGAUCAGACACUGGUGGUGUUUGUGUAUAGUUAGUACAUUUCCUGUAGCAGUGUGAGUUUCUUCCGGAUGUUCCACUUUCCUGCAACAUUCCUUGGAUGCUCUAGAUAGGUUAAUUAGUUACCAUGAAUUACCUCAAUGGCAAAAAGAAUCAUGGGAGAGCUGAUGCGUAUGUAAGAGAUUAAGUUGCAGAGCUACAGGAAAAUGGAGACAAUGAAUGGGACUGGUGGGAUUGCCCUAUUUAGAGCAGACAUACUGUAGGCCCAUUGGGCCGAAUGGUUUCUCCUUGUGCAGAAGUAGUCACAUUAAGCAAGAACACAUUCUCUCAGAUUAUUCAAAAGGGCUAGAGAAGGAUAUUGUGCGAUACUGAAACAAUGCUGGAUUGUUAGAGCAGCUAUGUCAGAUGAGAUCAUGAACUUAAGUUUGUUCAGCUGUAAAUUUAAGAUCUCAUGACACCAUCCACCAUUAGAAAGCAUUGGUUAUCUCUGAUCAUGUUGUUUAUGUUGCCAUGCCCAAAAUUAGAUGUUUUCCAAAUAAAAAGGAUUUUUGUAUUUUGUAAACACUCUUCUCCCACCCCCUCUAUUUACCAGUUUCUGAGAAAAUAAUCUAAGUUGCAAGAAGGGAAGCUAAUGAAAUGGGGAAAGUUGGACUAAUUUAGUGUACCUUUCAAAGGCCUAGAUCAAGUACAAUGGGCUGAGUGCUCUUCAGCACUGUCAGACAAAAAUACAGCCAGUCAGAGUAGUAACUGUUGUGUUUACUUUUAUUGCUUGAUUUGCAUUACAAAGUUUGAGAAAGGAUGAAGCGUCAGACUGAACUAUGUGCAGACAAAGCCAUUUGCUGAAUUGCUGAUGAAACUAUUAUGCAAGUAUCCUCUUCAAAGCAAAUUUCAAACAGUAACCCUCUGUGCCUAGAAUUGUAUAUUGCCAAUCAAAAAAUUCAUUUAUGUACAUUACAUCUGCUGACAAUUUUAAUACUUAAUUAUUUGAAGCAAUUUGAUUGUUGUGUGGGGUGAAGCCAAGCAGGAGUCUCCUUCAAUUACCGUACAGGCAGAAUCCAGAUAAUUGCUACUAUUAUUGUAAUGAUGAAGGCAAGAAGCCGAUUGAAUCCUACAACAAUGCUUCAGGGGACUAUGCAUUAUACGUUUGACACUUUCUAUGCCUUUUACAGCAAUUCUGUAAAGAAAAGUGAAUUACUUAUGAAAUUUGCAAUUACAAUUUAAAAACCAAAGUCAAUGACUAAGAAACAUGAGAGACAGCACAUGCUGUAAUCUGGAGCAAAAAGUAACUUGAAGGAACUCAGCAGGUUGGACAGCAACUCUUGACGCAAAGAGGUGUUUUGUUUUGUUUGAGACCCUGCAUCAGGAUCCUGAUCCUGUCUGACUUACCAUGUUCCUCUAGCAGUUUGUUUUUCUUUCCUGCUCAAAAUUCAAAUUUGGUGCCCAUUUGAAAUAAAUGAGGCAUGGUGUAGGCUUAAUUAAUAAGCAGUUCUUACCAACCUGGGCUCAGAUGGAAUUGAACUUUGCACUGCUUUUUAAUAUUUAGCUUCAGAAUUACAUGCUAAUGGAGAAGAAAAUACAGUUAGCAGAAGUGGUUGAUGUGAAUGACUUUUAAGUUGCUAAUAUUGUUAAAGUGUACGAAACAUAGCUUUUUAAACUUUAGAUACCUCUUAAGUUGAGAUGUUGAUUUCAGGAUAUACAGUUUGAGUAUUUCAUUUAUUUUUCCUUUUUUUAGCUCUGUGGCAAAAUGAAUAUUUCUUGGAAUAUGACUCCAUUUAAAUUACUUCAACUUGUAGUAUUUCUUUAAACUGCAAUUAAAUUCAAGCUCACAUUAACUUGUUUAUUUCAUUGGUUUUGUAGCAAUGAGUCAUAGAGAGAUGUAUAGCCCUCUGACUCUGCCCCAUCCAUCAAACACUGUUAUUACACUAAACCUAUCUUAUUUAUCAUUCACUACAUUUCUACCAAAAAUGUUUCAAUGUUAACGUGCAGAUAUCCCACAUUAACAGCACUGAAAAUCCAUUGUAGUGCUUAAUUUAAAAUAUAUGUGAUAUGACAGCAGACAUUGAUAACUUGAACCUAAUACUAGUAAAAAAAUGAAUGCUGCCUUUGUUGUGUGUGAAAUCUGAAGUGGGGAGAUGCAGUGAGAAAAGUCCUGCAACAACCCCUUUAAGUGCAAAAUAACUAUAGAUUAAAUGAUAAUCAGAAAACCUCAAUAGCAUGUACAUGAACCAUUGAUCUGAGAUCAUAGUGUCUUAUUGUCUGCUACCAGACAAAUAUUGAACAAUAAAAACUUAUGAUGCUUCAAUCCUUUCAGAUUCAUGGGACUAAAAUUUCUGCUUUUCAGUCUUUGCACCAAGUAUGAGGAAAACCCAGUUGCACGAGUUGCAUGUUAAUCUGAAAUAACACUCACUUUGAAAUUGGAUUGCUUCAUCUAAUUUCCCUGUUCUUAGACUACAGGGGUUUUGGGGAAAAGGCACAAAAUUAAGACCAAGUUUCUAUAAGUUAUUUAACUGAACAGUGGAGAAAGCUCACAUUUCAGGUGGCCCAUACCUCCUAUCUUACCUUAAGUGUUGACAGGUGAGGAACCUUCAUAGUCCCACAGGGGACUGUACUGGCUCACUUGCUGUUUACCCUGUAUACCUCAGACUUUAGAUACAGCACUGAGUCAUGUCAUCUGCAGAAGUUCUCUGAUGACUCAGCAAUCUUUGGGUGUAUAAAGGGAGGACAGGAGGAGGACUUUGUGAAUGGUGCAAGCUGAAUUAUCUGUAACUCAACAUCAGUAAGACAAAGGAGUUGGUGAUGGAUUUUAGGAAGGUUAAGCCUGUACUGCUCCCUGUUACUAUUCAGGGUGAGGGUGUGGAUGUAGUGAGGACCUAUGAGUACCUGAGCAUGCACCUGGAUGACACCAGUACAGGCUGUGUACAAGAAGGGCUAGAGUCGUCUCUACUUCCUGAGGAGACUGGAGUAUGCAGGCCUCUCCUUCACAUGUUCUACCAGUCUGUUGUCACCAGUACAAUCUUCUAUGUGGUGGUGUGCUGGGGCAAUGGCAUCAACAUGGGUGAUGCCAGCUGGCUCAAUAAACUGAUUAGAACUGCUGGUUCUCUCAUAGGAGUCUAACUGUGUAUGCUGGAGGUGUGCUAGGACAAAGGACCCUACAGGAAAUCCUGGCAAUUCUGGACAAUGUUUCUCACCCUCUGCAUGCCACCUUGGCUGAACAGAGGAGCGCUCUUAGUUAUAGACUAAGACAACUGCAGCACUCCAAAGAGCGCUAUAUGAGGUAAUUCUUACCCUGGGCCAUUAGGCUCUAUAAUGAGUCAACCUAUAGCUGGGGAAGUGAUGACCCCCUCCUGUUAGACUGUUAUUAACCUCUGUUUACUACACCCUGCUAUCAUGGACAUCCUGUGCAAUAUUACCAUCACUUCUUAUCUGGACAGUGUGAAUGUAUAAUAUUACAGUAAUUCUUGUUCUACCAUCUUAUUACUGUGAACUUGGAAAUCUUGUCAUCUUUGACUUGUAAAUCUUGUACAUUUUACUUUAAGGUAACAUUUUUAUUCUUGCAUCUCUUCUAAUAUCUGUAUAUCUGUGCACUUGUAAUGCUACUAUGACACUGUAAUUUCCUUUGGGAUCAAUAAAA